CCCUGCUUCCCUUUCUGAGUGGCUGCAAGAUUACGGAAACUAAUUUCCCAUUUGCCGCCAGCGAAACUGACAUCCGCUUUGGGCGUAGGGCAGCCGGAGCAGAGACCGCCAUGGUGCGAUUCAAGCACAGGUACCUGCUCUGCGAAGUCGUGUCUGAUGACCCCCGCUGCCGUCUGAGUCUGGAGGACCGAGUGCUGGGCGGCCUCGUACGAGACACAAUCGCUCGCGUGCACGGGACUUUCGGCGCCGCCUCCUGCUCCAUCGGCUUCGCGGUGCGAUACCUCAAUGCCUAUACUGGAAUAGUGCUACUUCGAUGCCGGAAAGAAUUCUACCAACUCGUGUGCUCAGCUCUUCCUUUCAUCACAUACUUGGAGAACAAAGGACACCGUUACCCGUGUUUUCUUAACACUUUGCACGUGGGAGGUACAAUCCGAACAUGUCAGAAGUUCCUGAUUCGUUACAACAGGAGACAGCUAUUGAUGUUAUUGCAGAACUGCACUGAUGAAGGAGAGCGGGAAGCUAUCCAGAAGUCUGUCACAAGAAGCUGUUUACUAGAGGAGAGGUCAGAUGAGGAGCAGCUUUCAGAUAGUGGCAGUGAGGAGCCUUCUGAAGCAAUGGAGUGAAUUUCUGCAGGCUAUGCUGUGCCCAAGAUUCAGGGCCCACUUGUUGGAACAGGACAUUUUGGGAGGCAGCAGCAUCUACUACGGUUUCCCAAACUGGAUGACUGCUGACCAGAGGCCAGGUUAUCAGCUUAAAAUGGAGGACGUGUUCACUUAAACUGAAGUCACUUUUACCUACCAGUGCCUGGUUAAGUGGUUCUGCAGGUGAAGCCCCUGUGGUUACAGACAUCUCUGUAUCUAAUUGCCUGGCCAGAGUAGGUUUAAUAAAUGUCCUUGGCUUCUGUAGCAUUUAGCUUACUUAAGUUCAAGUUUGGCCAGGUCUCCUUCCCCCUCAACCCCUGACCUCACUGGGAAGACUGGCUCCCCUAUAGGGUAGCAGAUGCAUAGCCUCCCACUUGAGCCCUGUGCCCCAAUCCCUAGGAUGAACCCUAAGUAUUCCAAGUCACUCAGAGUAAGUGUAUUGGUGAGACACAGCAAGUGAACUGGUACAAAUUUAUAGCUGGUCUCAUUCCUGACCCACAGGGCCUUAAAAAUGCCAGAUUCCUUACCAAUAAUAAUCAGGUAACAGGAUGACACAGUUUUUGCACUUUUCUUGAGGGGAACAAAACCUAGCCUUGCCUGACAUCACUACAAAGCCAAGCAGCAGUUGCCAACUUCCAGUAGUUUUCUGCAAUUCCUCCCUUCCCUACUGUCUUUCACCUGACAGAUGCCUGAAAACCCGUGACCCUGCCACACUCACAGAAGCAGGAAGGUUUUGAUCUACUACCUACUGACAUUUCUAGGAUGUUUUUUUGAAUAAAACAUGUUAUUCGGAGUCCCUUA